AUGAUGUAUCCUCAAGUCCUCAUUUCAGGCCUCAUACUCCUUCUCCCAGCUGCUGUAGAUUCUUUCUCACAAGUGCAUGGAGUGGUGGGUCACCUUGUCACACUGCCAUGCACAUAUCCAGUGUCUAAUGGAAUGUCAUCCAUGUGCUGGGGCCGAGGGGAAUGUACUUCUGAUACAUGUGGACAAACACUUAUCCGGACUGAUGGACACAAAAUCUACUAUCGGACAAACAACCGCUACCAGCUGAAGAGUGAGCUUCUUCAAGGAAAUGUGUCCUUGACAAUAGAGAGUGUCGCUGAGAGUGACAGUGGUGUCUACUGCUGUCGAGUGGAAACGAAGGGACAGGAUGGUGUGCAGAGCCUGAACUUCUCACUGCAAGUUCAACCAGUUUGGACCUCUACUGUGACAUCCUCACCCAACCCUUGGAAUAUUCACACUGAAGCGAAUCCUACAGAACCCCCAUCGACGAUCCUCACCAAGGGCUUCUAUAUCGGAAUCUCCGUGUCUGCAGUGCUGCUGAUUCUUGCGAGCAUCCUGACUAUCAUACAGUGCAGACGCACGAGAAAGAAGAAGACACUAGAGAGCAAUUCUCAGUGCAACUCAGUUGCCUUCCAUGCUUAUCGGAAUGAAGCGUUUGAAAGUGCGGUGCCGCCCCAAGUCGAAGACACAGUCUCCAUUACUGAAGACGGUUUUCAGCCAACGAUUAAAUCCCAGUUGCCCUCUGAGGCGACAUCACCUCAAAGCUGCAGGAAAAAAUAG